UUUUUGAAGUUUUGAACUUACAAGUUACAACUUACAACUACUAAGUUGUGAGGCAUAAAUAAUGUGAUAGUUUGUAAUUCUAUAAUUAUAUUUUAUUCUUAAGAUUAUAAUAUAAUAAAUAAAUGUAGAUAAAGGUCGAUGUAAGAAUUAUGUAUUGUUUAGAGCUCUGUUAGCGUUCAAAUGGUCAAAUACUUCUAGUUUUCCCUUAUUAUACUAAUAAUUUCGCGCCACCAACCCCCAACAUCUCAAUUAUUACGAACGAAAGUGAAAUAUUUCUUUCCCUUUUGGUUUAAGAUAAGGCUAAACUAUCAAAAUUAAUAAUGGAUGAACCAAUAGUAAAAUCAUUAAACACAAAAGAUAGAAUUACCCGAUGUAUCGAUUGGUUAAAGGAACAAAAUAACCCAAAGAAGCUAUCCUUGCAAAAUAAGAAUGAUAUUCAGUUUAUAAUAGAGACAAAUGCUCAUAGGAAGAAAUUUUUUCUAACAGCUGAAGAUGAUGCAACAGUACCUGUUGGUGUUGGUGAAGUUGAAUUAGAGCCAAGAAAUGUGCCUGUCCAAAAGUUAAGACAUGAAAGAUUAUGUUUAGAAUGUGAAUGGCCUUCAUGUCGGGAAUUCUUCUCCAACUAUGUGAUGUUUCAAGCUCAUGUUAGAAUGCAUAUCUCGGAUGUACAUAUUACUAAAAUGGAUGGAAAUGUUUUCUAUCACUGUCUUUGGGAUGUAUGUGGACACAAGUCAUCAGACCGAGAUCAAAUUAUACGACACAUCAAUUAUCAUGCAUAUCAUGCUAAGUUACUUGCCAUUGGCUUUAAUGCGAGAGCGACGUUAAAGUUAGAGAGGUGUAAAAAGGAUUCAACCAAACGAAAUCAGUUACCGCCGCUAUUGGGUGACCACUGCUGUAUGUGGUAUCGGUGUACUCAAUAUUUUGAUUCUAUACAGGAUUUUUUAGACCACGUUCAAACGCAUAUAGCAUCAUGUUCGCGUGGUCAAGUGGUGUGCUCAUGGGCGGGAUGUGGGGCCGUAUUCGUUGAAAAAUCCCAACUUAGUCGACACAUGCGAGCGCAUACCUUGGAACGGCUUAUUGCUUGCUACCAUUGCGGAACGCAUUUUGCGCUCAAUAGAAAGUUGUCGGACCAUUUGUUGAGACAGAAUGUCGACCCCUCGGCCGGUCACAAAUGUUCGAUUUGCGGCGAAUUCUUCGCUAGCGAUUAUUUGUUACGCGAACAUGUCCGCCGUCACGUCUCCUGUUACGCGUGUUCAUUAUGUGAUAUGUCCCAACCAACGCCCGCUGACUUGGCACAUCACGUGAGGUACAGGCAUAUGGCCAGCGAGGACGUGAGACGGCAUGCUUGUCCGGAUUGCGAUUAUAAGGCAGUGACGAAAUAUGAUCUACGCGCUCAUAUAAAAAUUCACAAUCGUAAACGUAAGAAGUCUAGCGACUCAGACUCGGAUUGUGAAGUGAAAAAGCAAAAAAAUACAAGACAAUACAUUUGCCAUAUAUGUCCUGAUAAUAAACCGACGAUUUUUGCGAGAGGUACAUAUUUAACCACGCAUUUGGUUAAAGUCCAUGGAGCUCAAUGGCCGUGUGGGCAUAGUAGGUUUAGGUAUCAAAAAAGCGAAGACGGUAUGUUCAGGCUUACAACUACUAGAUUCGAAGUUUUAGAAGUGUCAAAGAAAAUCGUUGACGGUUGUCGCGGGCCCAACGCUACCCUCUCUAAUAAAUACGAAUUUAAUAUCAGAAAGGUAGCAGAUUGUACUGCAACUGCUCCAACGCGUUACGAAAUAAGCAUAAGAAAUGGCUUGAGACCAACAGACAACCAAGAGAAUACAAUUAAAAAAAUAUAUAAAGAAGAACAAAAGACGAAAAGUGAUACAGGAAGGAAAGAAUUUAAAAAAGAAGAAAAGCCUAAAAAGAAAACUGUCGCUCGGAAAAGAAUGAAGAAGGAAAAACAGCCAAUAGUAAAAAAGACUAAAUGUAAAGGUGUGACAGAAAAAGAGGAUAUAGAAGAUAAGGAAAGAUUAAUGGAACAAGGAACAUCUAAAGUAAAUGAACUUUUAAAAAAUGGCACAUUAGGAAAUCAUACAGAAGACUUAGAAGAUAAUCUUUCAACAGAGAGUAUAAUCAAUAAAUAUAAUGAAAUAUCAAAACAUGAACCUGAAGAUUACGAAUCUUCAAGUGAAGAAAAUACUGAAAUUUAUAUUGAAAGUAUGAAUAAAGAAAAUGAAUGCAAAGUAGAGCAAAUUGAGGAGCCAUUCAGUAACGCGUUGGAGAUAGAAAUGUGUGAUGUCGACGAACAAGGGAAUGUACUGAAUACAGAAUUUAUACAGUCUGAAAUUAUUUAUUCAUAUUAAAAAUAAAGAAAGUCAUUCCAAAAAAUAUAAAGUG